AUUAUUAUAAAAAGAAGAAGAAACAAUUGAAUACUUACUCUAUAAAUACUCAGCUCCCUCCAAUUUAUCUUCCUCAAAAACCAAAAUCCCAUGACUUUUUCUUUCACUGACCUUCUUGCCAAUCACAACUUUAACAUGGAUACUAAUAAUAAUAUUGGCCAAGAAAACUCUAGCUUGACCUGGGGUCUCUCAGACCAGAAUGGUAAUGAUUUUCCAAGGUUCAAAACCCUUCAACCUUCUUCUCUUCCUCCUCCUAAUCCUUUGUCUCCUUCUUCUUAUUUGGCCACAACUUCUGGGUUUAGCCCAACUGGUUUUCUUAACUCCCCUAUGUUUCUCUCUUCUUCUAAUGCUCUUCCAUCUCCAACAACUGGAGCUUUUGCUGGUCAAACCUUUGACUGGAGGAGUAAUUCUAAGGAUAAGCAGCAACAAAUGGAAGAAGAAGAGAAAUUUUUCUCUGAUUUCUCAUUCCAACCCAGAACAGGCCCUGUUUCGAUGGAAAAGUCAAUGGAGAGGCCACCACAACAACCACAUGAACAAGCAUGGCAAUUCGAUUUCAACAAAUCCACAAAGCAAUCAACUUUCCCAAUAGAAAAAAAAGAAGUGAAAACUGAGUACCCAUCAUCAAAACCAAUCUUUGUUCCCUCAGAAAUGAACAUUCCACAAACCCAUUAUGCUCAGCCUUCUCAAUACGUGAGAGAACAAAAAUCAGAAGAUGGUUAUAACUGGAGGAAGUACGGACAAAAACAAGUGAAAGGGAGUGAAAAUCCAAGGAGUUAUUACAAGUGUACUAGUGCCAAUUGCCUCAUGAAAAAGAAAGUUGAGAGAUCUUUAGAUGGACAGAUUACUGAGAUAGUUUAUAGAGGGAAUCACAACCAUCCGAAGCCUCAGUCUACUAGAAGAUCAUCUUCUCACGCCAUUAAUCAUCAAACAACUUCAUACCCCACCAACUCAGGAGCUGUUUCUGACCACUCGGGGACCUUUUCUAACGCAGCAGUACAUGAGGAUUGUUCCUCAGGCUCCAUUGGAGAAGAGGGUUUUGAUCGAAAUUCGCCUACAUUUAACUCAGUAGGAGAUAACGAUGACAAUGAACCUGAAGCUAAGAGAUUGAAAGGAGAGAAUGCAAAUGAGGUGUUUUCAGCUUCUGGGAACAGAACUGUCAAAGAGCCUAGAGUUGUGGUUCAAACGACAAGUGAAAUUGAUAUAUUGGAUGAUGGCUAUAGGUGGAGAAAAUAUGGUCAAAAAGUAGUAAAAGGAAAUCCAAACCCAAGGAGCUAUUACAAGUGCACCUCACCUAAUUGUCCAGUGAGGAAACACGUGGAGCGAGCAUCCCACGACACGAGGGCUGUGAUCACCACAUACGAAGGGAAACACAACCAUGAUGUCCCUGCAGCCCGAGGCAGCAGCAGCUAUGCCAUGAACAGGCCCGCACCCAAUAACAACUCCUCAAACGACGUCGUAACAACAUUGCCACACAGGCCAUUGCCUUUGGCCAAUAACAACACUACUAACCACUCAAACUACUCAACCUCUCUUCUCAACGCAAGACUACCAAACUCAGUAGUAAACCAACCUCCAUACACCCUGCAAAUGCUGCAACAUGGCUCAGGGAGUCUUGGACUUUCGGGCGGGUUUGGGAAACCAGCCGCAGGGGUGUACGCGUCGCGGUCUGAGCCCCAAGACUUGUUCUUUCAGAGUAAGGAAGAAAGGAACAUCAAAGAGCAAAAGGAUGAUACAGCAUUCUUUGAAUCGUUUUUAGCUUAGAAUGAAUUGUAGUCACAGGUGACACGCUUGAUCACAUUUAGGGUACACAUCAAAAAAGAAGAAAAUUACAUGGGAGUUUCGAUAUGUAUAGUUUUAUAGGCAGUGUUGUUGUAUUGAUAUAGGAUGUAGUGAUUGCUUACAUAGAGUUUGUUAUAGAUAUAUUUUUUUAUUCGUUGUAGAGCUUUUUUCAACUUAGCAAAGAAAAAUAACAUUCCUCUCUGAAAGUCAGGUUCAACAUGUUGUAGUCAUUCGUGAUAGUUUUCACAAAAUAAAGUAAAGGUUGCCAUUUUGGAAAGAA